AUGGAAGAGAUUCAUUUUUGUCAUGAUUUGACAGGAGUACAAAUUGUUGAGAUAUGCUUGGCAACUCCUCCCCUCAAUGGAGGUUUGAUCGAUCUGCAGCAACUCUGCAAAUUGCUUCAUCCGAAACGGAAACAUGAUCAUGAAUCUGUUUCCGAGGAUGACCGUUUGUGCGCUAUAAUUUCUGCUGGAAACAAAAUGCUCGCUUCAUCGCUUCCAUUUGAGACGAUGAGAGAUCGGAAUGAAAUUCUGGACCUGGCACAGGCUACCGCUUCUCUAGUUUUUGUAUUUUCUGACAAGUACCAAAUGCGAACCUUUUAA